AUGAACCCAAGGGACCGGGGUCGUCUGAUUUACAGGCUGGCUGACCUCAUGGAGGAACACCAGGAAGAGCUGGCCACUAUUGAAUCCAUAGACUCGGGCGCAGUGUACACAUUAGCUCUGAAGACCCAUGUUGGGAUGUCCAUCCAAACUUUCCGCUACUUUGCUGGCUGGUGCGAUAAAAUUCAGGUGAGAAAUCAAGCACGUCCAAACCGGAACCUGACAUUCACCCGGAGAGAGCCAAUCGGCGUGUGCGGAAUCAUCAUCCCGUGGAACUACCCACUCAUGAUGUUGGCCUGGAAGACCGCCGCCUGCCUCGCCGCGGGGAACACAGUGGUCCUGAAGCCCGCCCAGGUGACCCCGCUAACGGCGCUGAAGUUCGCAGAGCUGACAGUAAAAGCCGGAUUCCCCAAAGGAGUUGUGAAUAUCUUACCAGGAGCCGGGUCUCUGAUUGGACAGCGACUUUCCGACCACCCCGAUGUCAGGAAAUUGGGGUUCACUGGCUCCACCCCUAUAGGCAAGCAGAUCAUGAAAAGCUGUGCGGUGAGCAAUGUGAAGAAAGUAUCCCUGGAGCUGGGUGGGAAGUCCCCCCUUAUCAUCUUCACAGACUGCGACUUGGACAAGGCCGUCCGAAUGGGGAAUGAGUUCCGUCUUCUUCAACAAGGGGGAGAUUGUAUUGCAGCCGGAAGACUGUUCGUAGAGUCGUCUAUUCAUGAUGAGUUUGUGCGGAGAGCGGUGAGUGACGAUGAUAAUGACCCCCCAGAAGGGGCGAGUGCAGGAUUGGAAGGAGAUGCAGACAUUGGUGACCAUCAGAUAGAAAUUCAUGAAGAAGCAAACUGA